AUGAGGGCAGAUAGGAGAAAGAGAGACGGGAACAAGCUGAAGAGCGCACCCGAACGACCAAUUUCGUGGAGGAAAAUACCCCUUCCCACCGGGAAAUACUGCCUAGCACGGUCGGAACACUGGACCGACUGCCUAGCACAACUAUCGGAGCUCUAUAGGUCCGUCUACAGCUACCUUCAGUUGACACCCGGGGGGACGCCACGUUUGUUCUCAUCCUUAUAUGAGUUAGAAGGAUUAGGCCGACGACUUUGUCGUAAGCCUAUAAGCUGUGAGCAAGAACUCGAAGCCUAUAAGCGAUUCGCCGUGGAAGAACAUGUCCACGAUAUAGUUCCCGAGUUGUGUAAACUACCCGCUGCUCGCGACGAGUUCGGCCUUAGGGAUGGCAUCCAGUUCAGUAACUAUACGAAUUCCCUGAAUGACAACGAUAUUAUUGAGGCGGAUGCCAGCCAACCGUUAAGUGUACCCCACCCAAGACCUGACCAGUUCUGUAUCCAUCGUGUCGACGGCAACACUACCAGUCUCCUCACGACUGUCGAGUAUAAGCCGCCUCAUAAGCUUCCCGUCGCAACCCUUCGGACAGGGCUUCGACCAAUGGACUUAUGGAAGGAUAUGGUCAAAUCGAAUAAAAUACCUACGAACAAGGAAGCGAAGUUGAGGUACAAUACAGAGCGCCUCGUCUGCUCCGCUAUUGUCCAGGAGUACCAUGUGAUGAUUCAGGAAGGGCUCGAGUACUCCUACGUGACUAACGGGAUUGCCCGUGUCCUCCUCCGUGUUCCACAUGAUGAUCCUAGCACGCUUUAUUACUUCUUAUAUGAUCCUAAUAGCGAGGUGGAUGCAGAAGUUGAAGAUAGUUUCCAACAACCGAAGACUUCUGUUGCACGAACCCUAUGCCCGUGUUUGACAACACUCAUCAUUUGA